AACAGAUCAAAAGUCACUGUAAAGCAGACAUCGAUUUUGUCGGCCGUGUAAACUCCAUCGACAACAUAACGAAUAUCCACUUCAGAGAACGAAGAACCAUGAAACACAACACAGCAGUUCUAUUCUGGUCAACCCUGGCCGUGCUUAUUUUCACAAAAGGUUUGGCGUCUCCGCUGCUAAAAGCUCUCUCGAAUUCUGAGUCAGGUAUAUCAGUAGCCCGUUCUGUCUGGAUAAUGUCCAGGAAUUCAAGGAGCUUGAUAAGAGUCAGAGGAACUUCGGUGGACGGUAAUGGAGUCAAAACAGACGAAAGUGCCAAGCUAGAGUUGGAAUCGAAACGUUACAACGGUUCUGUAUACGUCAGAAUACGAUCCGUGACAGAAAAUUCCUAUCUCUGUGUCAACGACGCCGGAGACCUUACAGUAGAAGUGCACGGAAAUAUUUUUACCCAGUGCUUAUUCACAGAGGACACAUUCUCCGGAUACACAACAUUUCAAUCGAUCAAAAACUCAACCUGGUAUCUUGGUUUUAAACGAAGUGGCAAAGUGAAACAACCACACAACACGACAUUCUCCCAAAAGGCAGCACGGUUUGUGAGGUAUUUUUCACUCAGUUCAAUUCCUUAAAAAAGUAUCGCUGUGAAAAUGUAACUUAUUUAAGGGCUAGGUCUACUUAUAAAAAAGUAUUUAUAACAACGGAUUUGAAAAAGGUUAUUUAAUACACCUAGAUUUAUCAAGUAAGAAGAAAAGGUGAAUACUUUCCAAGAGAGUAAAUGUUUUAAUUGUAAGAUAAGGAAUAUGUUAAAGUAUGAAUUAUAAAUUUGAAUU